UGCAGACCUUUUCUACAAAUUCAAAGUAAUUAAACCCCCGAGAACCCAAAUUUAGGGGAAGAACUAAAAAUGUUAGAAAGGCAAUAAGAAGAAGAAGAAUAAGAAAAAAUGAAAGAAAAAUAAUAGACAAGAGUCUUUCUGCUCUGGUUGCUUCUUUUUAGUUCUUUCUCUGUAACAGCUUUACUCUGUUACUUUACUUCUUCGAGAAAACCCAGAGUUUUUUUUCGUUGAAGCUGUUCCUGCUUGGUGAAACAUAACAAAGCAUAUGCUAUUCUCGCGCCGUAUUCCCAAAUCUUGGUCAUCAUUAAAAGGAAAGUAAUGUUCGAAAAAUGGGGAAGAAAGGAAGUUGGUUUUCAGCAAUCAAAAGGGCUUUCACACCACAUUCUAAGGAGAAGCAACUAAGUAACAACCAAGAACCAGAGAGUAAGAGUAACAACAACAAAGAAAAGAAGAAGAAAGGUUUAGGAAAAAAGUUAAGAAAUGGAGAAACCAAUUCAUUUCUCCCAAUCUUCAGACAACCUAGCAGUAUCGAAAAGAUCUUGUGUGAAGCCGAAAGAGAGCAUAACCUUGUCUUUAGGCCACCAGAUCAAGCAAAGGGAUCAUCAACCUCUGCUCCAUCUCCUCCUAUUAGGCCUGCUUCUCCUAGAGUGUCUUCUCAGAGAUAUGUGUCUUCUCCAAGACCAAUUUCACCAAGAGUUGCUUCCCCUCGAGCACCUUCUCCAAAGCCUCCUUCUCCAAGAGCGGUUUCUCCUAGGAUUGUGCAGCGACGCGAGUUUGUGCAUAGACCAGAGCCAACUCUACUUGUCAAAAAAUCUUCUGCAACAAAGAUUCAAGCUGCUUUUAGAGGUUACAUGGCAAGGAGGAGUUUCAGAGCCUUAAAAGGUCUGGUUAGGCUUCAAGGAGUGGUUAGAGGACACAGCGUGAAGCGUCAGACGAUGAAUGCUAUGAAGUAUAUGCAGCUUUUAGUCCGUGUUCAAACACAAGUCCAGUCUCGUCGCAUCCAAAUGCUGGAAAACCGAGCUAGGAACGAAAAAGACGACACUAAAUUAGCCUCUAGACUUACAUCAGGGGAUUGGGACGAUAGUGUGCUGACUAAAGAGGAAAAAGAAGCGAGGCUCCAUAGGAAGAUUGAUGCGAUGAUCAAAAGAGAACGUUCCAUGGCCUAUGCAUAUUCUCACCAGCUGUGGAAAAACAGUCCUAAGUCUGCUCAAGACAUUAGAUCAAGUGGGUUCCCACUUUGGUGGAACUGGGUGGACCGGCAGAAGAAUCAAAGCCAACCUUUCAGGCUAACACCAACACGACCGAGUCCAAGCCCUCAGCCUCAGUUUAGCAACCAAAACCAUUUCAGGCUCAACAACAGUUUCGACACUUCCACACCAAACUCAUCAAAAUCUGCAUUCCUUACUCCCUCUAGACCCAUUCAUACCCCACAGCCACACAGUAGCGUCUCAAGAUACUCUCGUGGAGUAGGAGGAGGAAGAGCCACACAUGAUUCUCCAUUUAAAGAUGAUGAUAGUCUCACAAGCUGUCCUCCAUUCUCUGCUCCAAGCUACAUGGCUCCAACAGUCUCAGCUAAAGCGAAACUGAGAGCAAACAGCAAUCCAAAGGAGAGACUGGACCGUACACCUGUCAACACCAACAACGAGAAGAGACGGAUUUCGUUCCCUCUUGGCUCGUUCAAAUGGAACAAAGGGUCGUUGUUCAUGAGCAGCAACAGUAACAGCAAAGGUCCAGGUUCUUCUUCUUCUGGUGUUGUGGUGCUUGAGAAGCACAAGACACUCAAAUCCGUAGGAAAUUUGAGUAUUGAUUCAACUGUUUCGAUGCCUGCAACUGUUGGGAGGAGGGCUUUUAACAGAUUUGUGUGACCUUUUUUUUCUUCUUUAUUUUUUCUUUCUCAGUUGAUGAUUCUUCUUUGAUUUGUGUUUAUUUUCGUCUUCAAAAUUUAUGAGUGGUGAUGAUUUUUGAGUGCUGUUUGUGAUCUGAAAUUUACGAAUUAUUACAGAUGUAACAUAAUAAAAGUAAACAACAAAAACAGAGGAUUUGGAUUGUACAGUGUGAUGUUCUUUUCAAGCAUUUCCGAUGAUUUAGA